AUGAUGCAUUCAAAAUUUAUACUGUGCGCAUUAGUUGCAAUCCUUUCUACAAGAAGCUAUUUCGUUUCGUCGAUUCCUCAUGAGAAACGAGGGUUCUCUGGUGAUGGGACUUAUUAUAAUCCUGGACUGGGCGCAUGUGGACAAUCAAGUGGUUCUGGCUCCUUCAUUGCCGCUAUUAAUAGACCACAAUGGGGAAAUCCUGCAAAUCCUAACAGUAACCCUAUUUGUGGGAAACAAGCAAAAGUAACAGGGCCAAAAGGAAGUUGUACCGUUACUAUAGUUGAUUUGUGCCCUGAAUGCGCAUUUGGUAGUUUAGAUUUGUCACCAGCAGCAUUUAAUGCAAUUGCUGACCCAAAUGCUGGAAGAGUCCCAAUAUCCUGGGACUUUGUUGCCGUAUUUUUCUUCAAUGGUCUAGUCGGUACAAAAUCAGGUCCAGGACCAUCUACAUUACCUGAUGGCACUAAUCCAUUAGAUUCCUCUUCGAAAUUUUUAAAAGGUCAACCUCAUGCUAACGAUAAUAAUAGCAUUGAUGAUAGCGUUGAUGAUAUCGCUGACAAUAGCGAUAGUGAGAAAGGAAAGACUGUAUCGUCUGUAUCAUUUGUCGAAGCUACUCCAACCCCAUAA